AUGGACCCCGACUGCGCUAUUUGCCAUGCUCCCGCCACUCUGGCAUGCGACUGCGAGGCCAAGGGCCUCGAGGUUGCCAUAAAACAGGCCGAGCAUCGUAUGAUGCAGUCGAUAUAUAACGACAUUCGUACCUGGGUUCGAGCACACGCCCAAGACUAUAUCCUGGAGUAUUUUCGCCUGCUCACUGAGCGCCGAAAGGCUGCUCAUACCGCCAACCUCGAUCGUAUUACCGCCCACGCCUACCACUACUACCACGCUCCGCCUCAUCCAAACGAGAUCGCCCAGGCACAAGCAAGCCUGAAGCGUGGCAUUGACGAGGACUGGCAAUCCAGUGUUCAGCGAUACCCCGAGGUUUUGGAAUACUUUUUCAGUCUGGUUGAGCUGACUCUCCCUCCCGACAACGAUGCCGCGGUCAAGGACCCCCCGCUGAGCGCUCUCAGCGGCUCGAGGAAAGCCGGCCGGAGAAUAAGUGUUGGUCAACAGGCUAUCACAGGUGCUAGCUCCCAUGAAAAGGAUCCAUUUGCGCAGAUGGCGCAGAGAACACCGCCGCCUUUCGACCACCCCAGUAGAAUGGAGACGAGAACACCAGGUCGCAGGGAUAGCAGGAGAUCUGUUCCUCCCCCGGGACCCCCGGUACACCCAGGAAUGGCGGGCAUGUCGGGACCUCCAGCACCCUUUGGCCAACGGACCGCGCCACCGCCGCCACCCGGCUCUUACUACGGCUGGGGUGGUUGA